CGGCUGGUCUCAACAGAAAGCCAACGCGGCCAGUACCUCACGCUCAGCUACGUUUGGGGCGGCGAUCAGGUUCACAAAACCACCACAGGCAACGUAUCCGCAUACGAACGCAGUAUAGACAUUUCCCUUCUCCCUGCCACCAUCCGCGACGCGAUCCAUGUCACACACGCGCUCGGCUUCUCGUCCCUGUGGGUCGACAGCCUUUGCAUUAUUCAGGACUCGGACGAGGACAAGCGACGCGAGAUCGGGCGUAUGCACCACAUCUACCGCUACGCGCAUUUGACCAUCAUCGCGGCGAGCGCAAACAAGGUCACAGAGAGCUUCCUCAACGAUCGGCCACCCCCACCAUGCUUCAAGUACCUCAUGGCCCCGCGUGCCCUCAUCUUCACUGCCAGGACGCUCCAGUACCGGUGCCUCACCGCGACGCACCAUGUCGGCGACUCGCUCUGCGAUACGUACGACAAGCGGCGGCUGCCUGAUACCCUCUUCAUGCGCGACCCGCCCCCAGCGCAACCAGGCUCCGAGGAAUGGGCGAGCGUAUAUACGGCAUGGUUAGGUGUCGUCUGGGACUACAGCCAUCGGGCGGCGAGCGUCGCGGCGGACAAACUGGUCGCGUGUGCCGCGAUUGCGGAGCAUUUCCAUCGGUGCUUGGACUCUGACUACCUUGCGGGACUCUGGCGCGCCACGCUCCUCGCUGACCUGCUGUGGAGCAGACGGUGGGACGAAUACGGACACUACCCAGCGGCGUAUCGCGCGCCAUCGUGGUCGUGGGCGGCCCUCGAGGGGGAGGUAUUCUGGAGUGGGCAGUGGUCGCAGGCGUUCUGGGCAGACAACGCUCUCGCGAAGGUCGUGCGGUGCGCAGUCACUCUGGAAGACGAUGGGCUUCCGUUCGGACGGGUGACUGGCGGGAGCCUUGUCCUGUCCGGG